GUUCAGCGACGCUCAGUGGCGACUUUGGCAGUGAGGAGCCGGCCGGCCGGCCGUCUGUCCCGGCCCCAGGGUGGAGUGACCCGCAACUCGAGAGAUUGUCACUACUGACUCCACGUCUCGAGGCGGAGCGACCCCGUGCACCGAGCCAGGACGGCCAGGCCCGACCUGUGCCCGUGGCAAUGGGCGGAACCUCGCCUCCGAUGGCCACAGCCCUGUCUCGGGCCAGGCCACUGCUGCUGCUUCUUCUGAUAUUCGCCUGGACGGAUACCGGACAAUGUCAGCGGACAAUAGGAAUCAUUCAGGACAGGUCAUCAUGUCAGCUGACACCUCUUGGAUGGAACACAACGAUCACCACCGGCACCGAAAUCAGGGCCACAUGUGACAGACAGUGCACAAGUGAUGCAGUGGAAAGGAAUCAAAACCCCUUUGAUAGAAGUGUUCGAGGAACAUAUGUCUACAGCCUGGACUCUGACCUGUGUCUGGCCGCCAUCCACGACGCUCGCCUGGCUUACCCGUCCCAAUGGAGCCAAGAGUCCGCCAGAGUCCGUCUCAGAGUACUGCAGCACCAGGGUCCGUUCGUACCCAGCUUCCGGCGCGGCAUCAUCACACCACGUCCGGAAAGACUCAGCAGUGAAGAGAGAUUGGGAGUAGAGUUCACCAGCAACAAAGUCUCUGAGCCUGUUCCGGAGAUAGCUGUGGUCUUCGACACCUUCCGGUUCCGUGAGGGAGACCCACUGCAAACAGUACAGUGCCACGUUCCGAUGUCAGUGAAUUCGUCCGACUUCCAACUGUUCAGGCUUACCGGGUCUGUAAUAAGAUCAAAGGAAAAAAGGAAACAUGAAAAUGAAUCUCAAAGCAGUUUCCGAGAGGCUCGGGUGACAUCCGGCAACAGGGUGCUAUGCUCCUUACAAGAUAAACUCUACUCGGAUGUAACCGCUUUUAGCUACAUAGAGAACCCCUACCACGCGCCUACUCGUCUCACGUAUCGUGCCAGUCGUGGUGAUGGAAUACAUAUCAGAGUGGACUCCACAGUAACUUCAAACAUCGUUUGGUAUAAGGACGGAAGCCCAACCCAAAGGAUCACCCAAAAGUCACGCAGCCCCGACAGCUACAUGAUUGAGAACGCCGAACCAGCAGACUCUGGAGUUUACGAAGCGCGGAACAAAGGGUACGAUAACGGCAGAUCUUCGUUCUCCGUUAUUGUGAGAGGCUGCCCGGCGGGCCGGUUUGGGCCCGACUGUCGGGAGCGCUGUCCCUACUGUCUUCACGGCGGCCAGUGCCACGACGUGACCGGUCAGUGUGUCUGUCCGCCCGGCUUCUACGGCGACCGCUGCCAGAUCAGCUGUGACAGAGGCCGGUUCGGGGACAACUGUUCGUCGCUGUGCUUUGGGUCGGACGGUGGCUGCAGCAAACAACUGCUGUGUGUGCCAGAGCCAUACGGCUGCGGGUGCGCGGCCGGCUACAAGGAUACCUUCUGUAGCAAGCCCUGUGACAGGGGAACGUACGGGCCCGACUGCAACUCGCGCUGCGGCCGGUGUCGAGAAGGCAGCAGCUGCGACGGCGCCAGUGGCAAGUGUGAGAGCGGCUGUGAGGACGGCUUCGAGCCGCCGCUCUGUCUGGACUUGCCGCCGUGGUUCCGCGACCCACCGGCGCUGGUGAAUGUCGGCUUUACCGACCUCAGCAUCACCCAUGCGCUGUGGAGGGAGGACUACGAUAACGGGUACGGUACCGGCGCCUACAGCUACACCAUCCAGUACCGCAGGAGCGACGGCAGCGCGGCGGUCUGGACGAACGGCCAGACGGAGUGGCCGCCCCCGGCUACCGGUAACGUUAUCCUGACAGCCAGUGGGCUCAAAGCCGAGACAGCGUACCAGGUCAGGAUGGUGAUCACGGAUGAAGAACGCGGCACCAGCACCAACGACACCAAGGUGCUCACCGUCAACGUCACCACCGACUGUCAAAAGCCAGGCAAGAUCAGUACACCAACUGCCACAGACGUCACCAGCACUUCGGCCAGCAUAAUUAUCGAGCGUCUGAGCAAUGCAGAGGAGGCGUGUGCAUACGAGCUACAAUGGACGCUCAGCCCUGUGUCGGCGGAAGUGAGUCGUGGUAGCGUCCGUCCUGGAGGCGGCAUUAGGGAGACGGUAUGGCUAAACGGACUGGUUCCCUUCACCAGCUACACCCUUGUGGCGGUGGCGGAAAACAGAAAGGGAACAAGCUCCACGUCUUCAGUGACUUUUCAGACAAAUGAAGCCCCUCCGUCCCAAGUGCUGGACCUGGAAGUAAAGCCAGAUGUAUCAAACCACGUCGCCACCUGGAAAGAACCGAAAUGGCCCAAUGGACGAAUCCGGCAAUACACUGUGAUACUGACGCACUUACAAUAUAAGGCAUGUCCUGAACAAAGCAAGAAAGCGGUUGAUGAGGAAUUCACUCAGAAUGUCACCGGUACAACCGCCCAGCUUCCAGCUCGAGUGCCGUUCUCGCGCUAUGUCGUGACGGUGUCUGCCGUCACCAUAGCCCCAGGAAGGUCGUUAGACGUGCGUUUCGAGAGUUCGCCCCAAGCUCCAUCCAAGGGCCCAUCCGGUGUAAGAGCAGUCAAUGCAGACGAGACCAGCGUCAAUGUACGCUGGAGCUUUCCGGACUGCACAGCAUGGAAUGACUAUUACGCCAAUAUCAGGGUUAACGUCCUCGUACUAGGUGCAAGUGCAUGGAACAUGAAUACAAGGUAUGAUAAGGUCGGCAAAACGUCACAAACUGAAAUCGAAAUCAUCGAGCUUACACCAUACUCCAACUACUUUGCUCAAGUUUCGAUGAACAACAGCGUUGGUGUUUCGCCAGAUCCGCAGACGACACGCUUCUCUACACGACAGAGCAGUUACGGUCCGGAUCGGCCAGCCAAUUUCACCGUGCUCACCGUAACGUCCACCAGCCUCACGGUCGGGUGGGACAGGCCGUCGCCGCCGCUCUGCCGAAUCACCGAGUACCGGGUCGAGUGCCGCGGUGACGGCUGCCCCGCUCUGCUGACGGUGCCCGCCGACGGGCCCGGCUGCCGGACAGCCCACCUCGGACGUCAGUGCGGCGCCACAGUGACCGGGCUGAAGGAGGUCACUUCAUACACUCUGGAGGUUGCUGCAUUCUGCGAGGACGUAAGAAAGCAAGGUUCUCCGUCAAGCGUGAAUGGAACAACACAAGAAGGAAGGCCCGGGCCGCCGGGCGACGUGAGACAGCAGGGUCUGCAGCUGACCGAGCUCCACGUUCGCUGGACUACGCCCGUCCAGAGGAACGGACGCAUCCUGCGCUAUCAGGUGAACGUCUCGGAGUCAGAGGACGGCCCUCCCCUCCAGAGCCACGUGAUCAAGAUCGGCCGCGACGACGAACAAGCACGCCACCACAGCCUGCUGGUGGAGGGCCUGGAGGCGGGUCACCGCUACCUGGUCCGGGUGGCCGCCAGUACGGCCGUCGGACAGGGCAACAGCACCGCCGCCUGGCUGGAGACGCGCGUGCCGCCGCCGCAGCUGCCGGCCUCGCCCGAGGUGCAGCACGACCUGGUGACGGACAGCACGGUGCAGCUGCGGCUGCCGUCGGCCGCCGGCGCCGGCGGGCCGCCCGUCUCGCGCUACUACGUCAUCGUCUCGGAAAACCUGGAUCUGGACGGCGCAGCGGUGGAGGCGUACCCUGCCAACGACCUGCCCAACGCCGAGGAGGCCAGUCGCAGGGGCAUCAGCUUCUACGUGGCAGCUGUGGCCGAUCCGGAGCACGUGGAUACAAACGGGACGUUCGUUAUUGGCGAUGGAAAGUACUACAACACUUCUGAGAAGUCCUAUUACAACCAACCUCUGAAGACCGACCAUACCUACCGGAUCGGCAUGGCGGCGCUAUCCAGGCUGUCAGAUGACAACAUGGGACUUAGUUUUAGAGCCGUGGACGAGCCUAUCACCGUCCGAGCUCCAAAUGCAACCGGUACUAUACUGGGCAGUCUGUUCGGUAUCAUGCUGAUUCUGCUCAUCGUGAUCGGGGCUUUGGCAUUCAGAAGGCGCAUACUGGCCCAAAAGGCCGCCACCCCUAACAUUCAGGCGGACGGAAGUCCUGCCACCCCAGCACAAGUGCCAAUGGAAGAGCUGUACACCAAUCCGGCUGAAGGGAGUGCAGAGGAGGAAAGCACCUACGAAAACCUCACGUCGCUGUUCCUGAACAAGUCGCGGGUUCGCUUGUCGGAGCUGGUGGCGGUCGCUCGGAACACGGACCUGCUACAGUCGCAGUUCUCUAGCCUGCCGCUGGGUCUGACACAGCCCUGCCUCUACGGCCGCAAGCCGCAGAACCGGGCCAAGAACAGAUACGGCAACCUCAUGCCGUACGACAACAGCCGAGUGAAACUGGAAAAACUGGAAAUGGAUGAGUGCUCGGAUUACAUCAACGCUAAUUAUGUCGACGGCUACGAACGGCCAGGAGCGUACAUUGCCACGCAGGGACCCAAGCCGGAGACCAUUUUCGAUUUCUGGCGGAUGCUCUGGGAAAAGAAGGUGGCCAGAGUGGUAAUGCUCACCAACCUUGUGGAGGGAGACAAGAAGAAAUGCGACCUCUACUGGCCGGAGGACAGGCCGCUUUUGCUUCUGAACCUGAAGGUGGAGAAGGAGAGCAGUCGCAUGUCCAACGACUACACCGUGCGGACGUUCGUCAUGGUCCGAGGGCGGGAGCGGAGAACGGUGACUCAGCUGCACUACACCGCCUGGCCGGACCACAGCGUGCCCCUCUAUCCGUCCUCGCUGGCCCGCUUCAUCCGCGAGCUGGAUGCCGUUCCCGAUGGAGAAGGACCCACGGUCGUCCACUGCAGCGCUGGCGUGGGGCGAACUGGGACAGUGAUUCUGAUCGACGCUCUGCACAAGAUGGGCCGCUGCGAGCAGGCGGUGGACGUGUACCGGCAGCUGACGGUGGUGCGCCAGCAGCGGGCCAACCUGUGCGCCAGCCUGGCCCAGUACCAGCUGGUGCACCAGGUCCUCGUCGAGCUGCUCGUGUCGCCGUCGGCAGCGGUGCCGGCCGCCCAGCUGGCCGUCCGGCUGCCGCAGCUCAAAUCGGUGGCAGACGGUCCGUCUCAGCUGGAGCAGCAGCUCAGCUUCCUGGCAUCCAACCCGCCGCCGGCCUCGUACGCCAGUGCGCGCGCCGAGAACCUCGAGGGCAAGAACCGCUCGCCGGAAAUUCUGCCAGAGGACAAGAGUCGCGUCUUCCUCCAUAGCUGCGGUCUGCGCGACAACUACGUCAACGCUGUCUUUGUGCAGGGCUUCAAGAAGCCGGACGCGUUCAUUGCCACGGAGGCGCCUCUGCCGAAGCGACGCCACGUCUUCUGGAACAUGGUGGUGGAGAAGCAGUCGCAGACGGUGGUGGUUAUGAACGACUUGGAGCCUGAUGACGUAUUUUGGCCGACCACGGAGGAGCCUAUCACGUUCGGUACCGUUGUGAUUCAGCUGAGGAGCCGGGUCGUCGAGCCAGUGGAGACGCUCGACCUCACCCUGAACGUCUAUGUCAACGGAAAGAUGGAGACCUCCCAGGAGGUGCGUCUGUUCCUUCUGCCGUUCGGUGAUCCGGCCGGCAGUCUGCCCUCGGCUGAACAGCUGGUGGUCCUGCACUCCGCCUACGAGCGGUCUCUGCCACACAGCUACGGAGGCGUCACCACCGUGGUCUGUAGGAGCGGUGUGACCGGCUGCGGCCUGUUCAUCGCCUCCUCGUUCGUCAUGGACCAGCUGGCGGAGGAGCAGGAGAUUGACGUGGUAAUGGCCGUCUCCACGGUGCGCAAGAGCCGGCCGCAGUUCAUCGGGACGCUGAAACAAUUUGAGCUCUGCUACGACGCGGCUCUGGCGUGGCUGAAGGCUUUCGAUAUAUACUCAAACUUCCAGUGAAAGUCCCUUUUAUCGUCAGGAUCUACGAGACAAAGGACACUUUGAGCAUACGCAAGGCUUUAAAGUUCGAAUAUCACAAUAUCCUAGCCUAGCCCAUUUAAAGUGGCAAAUCUAGCCCAUAUAAACUAGCAAAUGGGCUAGAAUAUUGUGAUAUGCUAACAUAGCGGUUGUAGUGCCAAAUGUUUGUGCUCCUUGAGACCAACUCAGUAUAGUAGGCGCGCACUCCUGUGGCCUGAUGGGGUCACUUGGAAUCGCCCCACUAGUCUGUCAAAGUGGCGUGAAAAGUGAUAUGAACUUGUGACGUGCCGGAGGGACGCUCUACCUAGUCGGCCAUUGUGAUGCUAUUGACUUUGUGGAUGACCGGUCCACUUAGUCUGCUUGUGCUAUGUGCUUCGCCCCUGUAACCUGGUAGGGUUAUGUCGGACUAUGCGUACCUAUAUCGGUUUUAGUGAUACGUGCCAGUGUGCCAUGACACUUGGCAUGGUUUUAGCUUUGGCUGGUGCAGUUGAAUCACUCGCAGUAGCGUUAAGUGCUAGAAGUAGACACUGUUUGGGCUUAUGAACAUUUAUGCAUGCAAUUAUCAUACAAUUAUACUGCUUUUGUUUCAGUAUCUACUAUCUAGAUAGUAAAUGUAUGCAUUUUCCCUGUUUUAGAGUAAGUAGCAUUGCAGUGAUGUAUGUUGCAUUUACGCAGAGGAAGUAGGUACCUAUUGGUGUUGAAAUUGACUCAUAUAACCGUGCCCUUUGAGGCUUUCCCUCGUGCUCCGUUCAUCGAGGUGGCAAACGAUAUAAUACUGAGGCAUUCAAGCGGAGCUAGCUUUGUCGCAUAUGCAUUCCAUGGCAGAUGGUCAUGAUAUUGUUGCUUGACAUAGAUUAGUAUCCGGUUCUGAUAUACAUUUAUAAGCAGCCGUACUGCGUUUGCAAGGGCAUAGCUUUCAAUGCUUCGAUACAAGUCAAGCGCCAAUGUGAAUUACUUUCUCAUAAUCGUAGCCAGCUUCUGUAAUUUUUAGAAAAAUAAGGUGCGCAGAUAUUGACUAAAUGUGUCGUACAUGCCUGUUUUGUCAACUACAAAUCGUAAUCUAAAUCUAUAUGAACCCACCGGUGUGUAAGAAAUGAGGCGUGAUGAAUGUUUUUUUUUUUACGUUGAUAAUCGCUCGUGGCUGAGGCAUCACAAUGACGUGAUAUGCUUAUAUGGCUUAUGUUAAUCGUUGCUCGCGCAUAUCGUAGUGUUCAGAUUAUCCGAGAAAACGAUAAAAAUGACUUAUUCUCAAAGACCAAAAUAAACGAAUUUUAUGCAGUU